AUGUGGUAUCAAGAAGCCAGGAAAUGCAAUCCGACUGCAAUUCCAGUGCUAAUAGGGACCAAGUUUGAUGAUUUCGUCCAACUACCCAUAGAUUUGCAGUGGGCAAUCGCUAGUCAGGCAAGAGCAUAUGCAAGGGCCCUGAAUGCAACCCUAUUCUUUUCAAGCUCCACCUACAACAUAAAUGUGAACAAGAUUUUCAAGUUCAUCACGGCAAAGCUCUUCAACUUGCCCUGGAAUUUGGAGCGUAAUCUCACAAUCGGAGAACCCAUUAUUGAUUUCUAG